AUGGCAUGCUGCAUGUUGCGCCUGUAUCGGAGCGGAGGCCCGCUGUACCACGCAGCGGCUCGACGUCGACUGUCCAUUGGCACAUCUGCUCCAUCGCGUAAGGAGCGAUUGCGAAGGAGGCACUACCAGAUGGACGGGAGCAGGGAGAAGGUGCAGGACCACGGAGGCAAGAUCGUGAUCUUGACCGGCCCAACUGCUGUCGGCAAAACCGAGCUCGCCUUGCGGCUCGCAGAGCAGCUCGACGGCGAGAUCAUCAGUGCAGACUCCGUCCAAGUCUACCGCGGCCUCGAUGUUGGAUCCGACAAGAUACCAGUGCCGGAACGACGGGGGAUCCGCCAUCACAUGAUCGACAUCCUCGACGUCACCGACGACUUUUCAGCGGGCGCUUUCUACGAGCAAGGCCGCCAGAUCGCAGACGACAUCCUCAGGCGUGGAAAGACGCCGAUCGUCGCCGGUGGAACGGGAUUCUACCUGCACUGGUUCAUCAACGGAAAGGCCGAUGUCCCUGAGUCGGAGCGGCAGUGGCAGGAAAAGGCGAUGCAGAUGAUCCGGGAUGCGAUAGAGCGCAAUGCAGGAGGCGAAGAAUCGUCAGAAGAGGAGCGCUGGGAGGCAGCGUGCAGGCUGUUGGACGAGCUCGGAGAUACGGAGAGCGCGGACCGGCUGCGUGGAAAUCGGAACAACUGGUAUCGUCUGCGACGUGCUGUUGAGAUCGUCGCUCGCACGGGACAGCCAAUGUCGAGCAUGGACGUGGACCUCACUCGCGAUCUGGACUACGACUUUCGGUGCUUCUUCCUCUUCCGGGACAGACAAGACCUCUACCGUCGGAUAGAUCGGAGGGUCGAGCAAAUGUUUAUCGAGGGGAUCCUGCCAGAGUGCGGGCACCUGCUCGCCAGUGGUCUCACUGCGGGAAGCCACAACUCCACGCGCGGGAUCGGAUACCGGCAGGGCAUGGAGAUGCUCCAGGCGGUCCUGGAGGAGUCGCGGCCCAUAUCCGAGGAGGACAUCGAGGACACGGUGCGGAAGAUCUGGACGGCGACGCACACUCUGGUCAAGCGCCAGAUGACGUGGUUCCGGGGCUACGACCUGUUCCGCUGGGUCGACAACGAAAGGCCGUGGCCCGAGGUGCUGGAGGAGAUCGUGGCCAACUGCACGGAGGAGCACGUGGGAGGGAACAGCUCAGAUUUUGACAUGUCGAAGGAGCAAAUCAAGGAGAUGAGGAGGUACGACAUGCGCUUCGAAGUGCUGAACGACCCUGAAAAGAUGUCAGCAACUGUCAAGGUUGCAAACGAAGUCCUGAGCGGCCUGCGCAGCCAACGCGACGCGCGGCAGAGCGAGCCUGCAGUGCCGGCAUCAGACGGCUCGUGA